AUGGCGCUUCAUGCGUCAGCUCUACCGAGCAUCGCCGCUGUCACGGCCGACAUCUGGCCAUCAAUGUUCAAUACUCUGACGAUGCCAUUCCGACUCCCAGCGUCUGCAUCGCGCAGCCAGAGGUCUGCUCGCAUCUCCCAGUCCCCCGAAACCGCCGCUUCCGACCAGGCACAGCAGACUGCACCGCCAGCCAAGCAGCAAUCUGGUUUUGACUUGCCCGAGUUCCUUCGUGAUUCCCGGCAUGAUUCGGCCAUCGUCUCGCGUCUCCGUCCCGCCGCCAUGCAUAUCUCGACCCCAUUCAACAUUCGAACCUCCAUCUCGAGCAUGUCGGGUGCCGCCCUGCUCGCCUCCAAUCCGGUCGCUCGUCGAUUCUACUCUCAAUCGCCAGUCUCUCGCUCCUUGUCUACGUUUUCUGCUACCCGCUCAGCUUUCAGGACUCCUCUCUUGAACCGACCUAUUCUCCAGCAAAGAUCCUACCAAACGGGCGGGCUGUCAAGGAACCUCCUUGCUCAUAUGGAAGAGUCGGCGAAUAGGAAUCCCGGCAGCGCAACGGCUCAGAAUGCUUUCUACCAGGCUCUUUUGAAGGCCAACAUGCCUGCGAUCAUUGUCGAACGAUACCGCUCUGGCCGAUUUGCCACGAACCCUGCUGCGGACGAGGCCUAUAACAAGGCGCUCGCCCUGCUGACGCCUGCCGUCGCCCAACCUGUUCAAGGCAACUUUGAAGAGAGCCUGCCAUCCGACCUGACGCCUACUCAGCUUCAGGCUGUUAAGCAAGCCUUGGCUGCUCACUCGCGCGGACAGAAUAUUGCCAUUACCAAGGAACCAUCAGCUGGCAAGGGCGGACCUCUGCAUGUUGUGGUUGAUGAGACUCUGGGCAGCUCCCUCUUCCGUUGGGUCAAGUUUAUCCUGUGGUUUUGCUUGUUUACGUACCUCAGUCUCGUCAUCAUAACGAUGCUUGUCGAGAGUUUGAGCGUCUUGAAGCGCCCUGGCAGUGGCAAGGUCGACAGCGAGGCUAAAGCCGAAAACCAAAAGACACGUUUCUCGGAUGUACACGGUUGCGACGAUGCCAAAGAAGAGCUGCAGGAGAUGGUUGACUUCUUGCGAAACCCUGAUAAGUUCUCUACGCUUGGUGGCAAGCUUCCCAAAGGUGUCUUGCUUGUUGGACCUCCUGGCACUGGAAAGACGUUGCUUGCUCGGGCUGUCGCCGGUGAAGCUGGUGUACCAUUCUUCUACAUGUCUGGCAGUGAAUUUGAUGAAGUCUAUGUCGGCGUUGGUGCCAAGAGAGUCCGAGAACUCUUCUCUGCCGCCAAGUCCAAGUCUCCCGCCAUCAUCUUUAUUGAUGAACUGGAUGCCAUCGGUGGUCGUCGCAAUGCGCGAGACGCGGCCUAUGUAAAGCAGACUCUCAACCAAUUGCUUACAGAGCUCGAUGGCUUCGAGCAGAACAACGGUGUUAUUAUCAUGGGUGCGACCAACUUUCCAGAACUGUUGGACAAGGCUCUUGUACGUCCUGGCCGUUUCGACCGCCACGUCAAUGUCGACCUUCCCGACGUACGUGGCCGACUUGCAAUUCUGCAGCAUCAUGCAAAGAAGAUCAAGUCUGCCAAGGAUGUUGACUUCAAAGCCCUUGCCAUGAGUACCCCUGGACUGUCUGGUGCUGAGCUCGAGAACAUUGUGAAUCAAGCAGCAGUCCACGCCAGUCGCGCCAAGUCUCAAUUUGUCGGUCUCAAUGAUUUCGAAUGGGCCAAGGAUAAGGUGAUCAUGGGCGCCGAGCGCAAAACUAUGGUCAUCACUCCCGAGGAAAAGGAGAUGACGGCCUACCACGAAGCAGGACACGCACUCAUCCAGCUCUUCUCCCAAAAUGCCGGUAGCUCUCUCUACAAGGUCACUGUUCUUGCUCGUGGAGGCUCCCUGGGCCACACGGCAUACCUCCCUGAAAUGGACAAGCAUUCGUACUCUAUGCAAAACUAUGCCGCCCGCAUCGACUCGGCCUUGGGUGGCAAGCUUGCCGAGGAAAUUGUCUAUGGUCUUGACAAGGUGACCAGUGGCGCCAGCUCUGACCUUCAAGCUGCAACGUCUGUCGCCUACCAGAUGGUUGCUCAGAUGGGCAUGUCGCCCAAACUUGGCCACAUGGAAUAUGCUACGCGCUAUACGGAGCUUAGCAGCGAGACGAGAGCACUCAUCGAGGCCGAAGUGCAACGACUCCUAAAUGAGUCCUACGAGAGGUGCCGCAAACUGUUGACGGACCGUCGGACGGAGCUCGAUCGUCUUGCACAGGCCCUAGUAGAGUACGAGACCCUCAGCAAAGAGGAAGUUGAAAAGGUCAUCCGGGGCGAAAAGCUCGCGGAUCGCUUGCCAGCACCAAAAGGUCCCAUUAGAGUACCUGUUCCCGACAAACCUGGUCCAGUUGCUGUUCCUCUUCCUGGGGAUGACGGCCCCAGCCCUCCUCCCGCCGCGCCACCAGCACCCCCUCCCGCCGCGCGUUCGGGCGACAGUUCGUCAUGA